GUCGCUAGUUCGCUUCGUCUGUCCGUCGUACGGUGCUUUGGUGUUCUUUUUGCUCAACAAACUGCGCUUCGUGGUGUCUGUGUCGUUCAUCAUCUCAAUCGAAAGUCGAACAAGAAGAAUUGAGCUCCAAAUUCUUAGUCUGGUUUUGGUGAAGGAAAUGCCACACAAGCAAAGUCGAGGUGCUUAUUCCAUGUUCGGAAACAACCGAAGCCGGACCACUUCUCACCAACACAGCGUGAAUGGAAGAUUUCAUUCCGUUCUGCAUCGCUGCCCCCUUGUCGCCGCUAUUUGGUGUUUGCUCGCACUGGGUCAGAAGCAAGAAUCGUUUGUAGUGUCACUGCACUUAUUGCCACUGAUCCAUGCAAAGGCGGCAGCGAUCAUGACGCCUUCCGCAAGCGCUUCACCCAAUGGCCACUCGACAUCGUCUUUGCUCUUGGCAGCGUCGUCGUUUCCGGAGAAAGAAGCAAAGAAGCUCCUCGAAGUGGAAGAAAAAUUCUCCUUUUCUGAUCGAUCAAAGCUCGAGGAGCGAUUGAAAAUGGAAGGAUUCGCGCUUUGUCAAGAAGUCAUCAUGGUGGAUUGGUAUUACGAUCGAUUGGUGGCGAACAGUGAAUGCUUGGCAUCGGUGCUUCCMCUGGUCCGAAACGACCACUGGCUGAGAUACCGUCAAAUCACGAGUCGGAAUUGCAUUGAAUGCGUCGACGGCGAGGCAGAGUGGCAGCUCAAGCGAGGCACCUCCAUCGGUGGUGGCGACGGUGGUGCAACCGUCUAUGAAGAAAUUGAGGGAACUGAGGCCCUGAAAAUUGCCUGUUCGCUGGCGAACAGAGAGCUAUCAAAGAGAGACGAGGCAAACCCAACCAAAAAUGAAACGGCGUUGCUCUUGUUAUUUGAGGGGGAAUCUUUCCCAGUGCCCCCGGUAGACAGUUGCGACCUACAGCCAUUUGCUAAAAUCGUGACGCACCGAGCCAAAUGGGAGCAGCGACAAGGACAACAGCCAACGUCUGGAACAAAAACCACAAACGCCUCGUUGUUUUCGAAACUUGUCGUGGACCUGGACACAACUCCCGAUGGGUUUGCAGUCGGCGAGGUGGAAGCACUGGUGGAAGCUUAUGGCAAAACCGAGGGCACAUCAACCGCCGUCUACCAGGAAGAAGCUGUUGCGAUGGCUCGGACAGACAUCCGAGAGCUCCUGGAAAGGAUUCUAAAAGGAGACGACAACAACGACGACCGUAGUACUCCAACCCGUAGUCCCUCUAUGGGCAAACUGGAGCAGUUCCUCUUUCUUAGGCAACCCCUGAUCCAUAAGGUGUGUGUCGAGUCUGGGGUCAUUCCACAACCGCCGUUUUCCGCCGAAGAAGAGCCGUCCUCGUGAGGCCAUCCCCUGAAAUUGGUCGUAACAGUUGCUACAGAACUGCUGUUUCGUAAAUACGAAUGAUGACUACAAUGUCAAGGCAUGGGGAGGUGAAUGACUUAUUGGCAAGAAGGGUAGCAGAAAUGCCGCUCUAUGGCCAGCGUCGAAGCUCGAGAAACAGCUUUCGUUUUCGAAAGCGAAGUUUCCUCCUUCCCCUUCUUUCCCGCGUCGUACGAUCACUAAACAUCGAUGUUCGCCAGCUUCGGUACACUAUUCUGCCAUCGUGUUUGAUUUAAGUCUUCUUACUUAAGUGACCCGGAGUGAUUCAUUCGAUGAAACAAAGGUUUAGACUAAAAGCAUAGCAAAACAAUUGUUCACGCAGUGUCUGCUUGAAACUUCGUACAGAAUGGUAGGAAAUUAUUUGCUACAUUCCUUCGCUAAAACACAUGAUCGGAUCUAUCGCUUAUCUCUACCGAUCAUAAACGUGAACUCUUCAACAAGUAGAUGUUCACCUGUCUUCAAGGUUUUCAGAAUUGGGAGAACAAUCCGAACUCUGACACACCACAGCUAGCAUUUUAGUAAGUGCUCGAUUUACCGUGCAUCGUCCUCGGUCACUGAGGGGUUGAAAGCUUUUAUUUUCGUUAUUAAGGCAAUCUAUUUAGAAGUUCGUAUCAAACCAAUCAUGCGAUGAGCAAACACGCACCACCAGCGGCCUUGAUUUUUUGUUCCGCCAAUCGCGAGAAGUAUUUCGCCUUGACAAUGACGGGAACAUCGAUCUGUCCGUUUCCCAAAAGCUUGAAGUAUCCGUGGUCUACCAAGUUGAUAACAGGGGCCUUGCCUCCUCCGUUUUUGGCGGCUUCAUAGUAACCUUCCCCUGCAACACUGAAGAUCUUGUCGAGGUUGAUCGUUGGGCAGUGGGAUCUGUUCUUCAGAACGUGGAAUUGACGCAUACCGACCUUACCAAAGUAACCAGGGUGAUAUUUAUCCAUAAGAAUUCGGUGGUGAUGUUGUCCUCCGGCAUUACCGCGACCACUGGGGUGCUUUCGGUGCUUUCCGAUACGACCGUGACCGGCGGAGACGUGUCCGCGCUUCUUUCGGUUCUUGUGGAGUCUGGUAGGCAUGGUGGAUAGUUUGUUAUACUUACCUU